UGGCUGCUCUGCAGGCACCACCAAGCAGCCUGCGUUGGGUCUUUCCCAGAGCUCCCGCCUUUGACAUGCCUGCCCCGGUGCUGGCGAUGGUGACCGGCCAGGUGCUCCCGGCCUUCCUGCUCUGCAGCACACUGCUGAUCAUCAAGAUGUAUGUGGUGGCUGUCAUCACCGGCCAAGUGAGGCUGCGGAAGAAGGCUUUUGCCAACCCCGAGGAUGCCCUGAGACACGGAGGCCUCCAGUACUGCCGGAGUGACCCGGACGUGGACCGCUGCCUCAGAGCCCACCGGAAUGACAUGGAGACCAUCUACCCCUUCCUGUUCCUGGGCCUCGUCUACUCCUUCCUGGGGCCCAACCCUUUCGUGGCCCGGAUGCACUUCCUGCUCUUCUUCCUGGGCCGCAUGGUGCACACCGUGGCCUACCUGGGAAAGCUUCCAGCGCCCACCCGCUCCCUGGCCUACACUGUGGCCCAGCUCCCCUGUGUCUCCAUGGCUCUGCAGAUCGUCUGGGAAGCGGCCCACCACCUGUGACCAGCAGCCGAUUCUUCCUCCGCUGCCAGAACACUGGCCACGAGCCACCACGAGCCGUGGAGGACUGGGCAUCCCUUCCAGAUUGGGAUAGGCCCCGGGGCCUGGUCUCCUGGCAACCUGCUAAGCAUGGAUCCUGGCCCAGCCCACCCGAGUGUGUGUGCAUACAUGUGCACACACGUGUGUGUGCGUGACCCUUGGACUCCUGGGUGAAGUGGCCCGUUGGAACCGUUUAGAGAUAGGUCGUCAAGAUUGAGAGACAACCCCUCCACUCAGCAGCACCGAAAACAUCACUCCCUCUUCCUACGAACCGGAAGAGGGAGGGGAGACUAAGUUCAAGUUCAUAAACCUAAUGACAUCCGGAUCCAGAGCUAUAAUAAAUACAGACUUCUCAGACCCACCCCAGAGGUUCUGGUCUGGCCAGUCUAGAGGGGGGCCGGGGCACCAGCAUUUUUAAAAGGCUCCCCUGUGAGUCCCAGCCACGGCCAGGCCUGGGAGCCACUGCCCGUUCUCUUUAGAGGACGAGGACCAGGCGGGGUGGGAUUUUGCGAUUUCUCUUACAGUGGGAGUUUAACGAGGUGUCAGUGGGCUACACUCCUUUGUGCCCUGUCGACACCUCCCUGUGUCCCCCACAUCCCUCCGCUGGGUUCUCCUCUCCUGGGCACAGGUGCCGAUGGAAGAGGCCCACAGUGGGGUCGAUCUUAUCUUCCUGAGGCUUCAGCCGCUGCCAGGAGCUGUUAGUCAACAAUGAGGAGCUUC